AUUGGAUGAUGUCUGGGAUCGCCUUUCCUUGGAGAAGUUGGGUGACCUUCUUGGUGUAGAGGGUUAUAAGCUGAUUCUAACAACUCGCUCAUGUGAAGUCUGCCUAAAGAUGGGUUGUCAGAAACUACUCGAAGUGAAGACCCUGAAUGCUGAUGAUGCUUGGGAGCUGUUCAGGAAGGGUCUAGGAUUUGAGACUCAGCUUAGUCCAGAUAUUGAGAGUGUUGCCAAAUCCAUGGCAGAAAGGUGUGAAGGCUUGCCGCUCGGGCUCAUCACUUUGGCGGGAAGCAUGAGAGGGGUGACCGAUAUAAGGGAGUGGCGGAAUGCUCUGAACGAAUUCCCUGAGGACAUGGAAAGCGAUGUCUUCAAGGUACUGAAGUAUAGUUACGAUCGGUUGAGAGAUACAACUAUGCAAGAGUGCUUCUUGUACUGUGCUUUGUAUCCCGAGGACUGUGCAAUUCUCAGAGAUGAACUAAUUGGCCGAUUUAUGAUGGAGGGACUGGUGAAGGGAAAUACUAGGGAAGAAGAGUUUAACCAUGGCCAUACCAUAUUGAAUAAACUAGUCAAGUUCUGCUUACUUGAAGCACCUGACAACUGGGGAGUUGAAGUCGUAAUGAUGCAUGAUCUACUCAGAGAAAUGGCAUUGUGGAUCACAACUGAUAAACCAAGGUACCUGGUAAGGGCUGGAAUAGGAUCACUAGUGUUGGAGGAGCAGGAUUGGGGGUUCGAUUUGGAUAGAGCCUCUUUUUACAACAGCAAUAUAAAGAGAAUCCCUGAAGACAUGGCACCCAAUUGCCAUACAUUAUCAACCUUGAUUUUGUCUAAUUGUGGUUUGACCAUGAUCCCAGGUCCUUUCUUUCAGUACAUGAACAACCUCCAAGUACUCGACUUGAGCUACAACUUUGAGCUUAUGGAUUUGCCGAGUUGCAUUUCUAACUUGGAAAGUCUUAGAGCACUCUCACUUCAACGAUGUGAGCAGGUCAAAUCUGUGCCAUCACUGGGAAAGCUCAAAAAUCUGAGGGUGUUAGAUGUAUCUGGCACUGGUAUUGAAGAAGUACCUCAAGGCAUGGAAAACUUAGUCAAGCUUAAAUUUCUGGAUAUGGGUAGAACACGUCUCGAUGAACUGCCAAAGGAGAUAUUAACUAAACUUUCCCAUCUUCAAUAC